AAAAAACCGAUUGUUGUUGUGUUUAUGCACGUGGGGGUCUGGUAGUUUUUUGUGUGAAUUAUUUACUAAGCUUUGGAGUUUCCUGAGCAUAGAGCUAUUGCUAGAGUGUCAUCUAUUCGUAAUAGUUAAAGAAAAUGGGUAAAACCAGACGCAACCGCGUACGCCUUGUAGCGAAUUCGAAUCCUUUGAGUUUAAAUGGUGUUGCCGAUUUUUUGAACCACGAUGAAGAUUUAAUGGAAAAUGGUUUGGGUCCAGUGGAUACAAUACGCGAACAACUCCUUAAUGUUAAUGUCGAGGAAAAAUUGAAUGCUUUGCAAUCAUUAGCAGUGCUAGUGCAAUCUGGCAAAAAAGAUAAACUAACUGCCAUAUGCCAGAGCGACAUCAUACGCAUAUCUGCACCAUAUCUCUACGAUCGCGACCAACCUUUGCGAAAUGCAGCAGCAGGUGCACUACGUAACUUUACUGUUUGUAUGCCAGAAGUUUGUGAGCUAUUUGUUGAACAGGAUGUGCUCACGCCACUUUUGACUUUAUUGAAUGAAUACGCCCAGGAUGGCGAAUGGGUGCCAAACUUCGAUGCUGCAUUAGGUCAACUAGAUAUACGGUCGGAUACAUUUUUGCAGGCUAUAAAUCUUCUUUGGAACCUUUGUGAAAGUUCUACUCUUGCUUUAGAAACCUUUAACCAGUCACAAUUAAUAGGCAGUUUUAUACGUUGUCUGGAUUACAAUAUUUUUGGUUUGGAUAUUGCAAUUUCCGUAGCGCAAUGCUUAUUAGUGGUGACGGAGGGCAAUCAAAAAAUUUGGAAUGCAUUAACUCAGCAUGUCCCUGAAAUAUUAAGUUUGCUGAAUGUUACAGGCAGUUAUGGACAUCAAUACCUACGAACAUUAGGCGCUGGUAUUUUAUCAAAUGUGCCGGCUUUGUCAGCAGCUUAUACUUGCAAUAUAUUGAAUAGUAUCUCAGAAACUUUACAAAUUGAUCAACAGGAAGCAUUGUCGAAUUUGUUGACUAAUCAUAGAGAAAAUGACCAAAAUGAAAGUAUAUCAGUAAUGGACUUCAAUGUUGAAAUGGAAGAAGAGGAGACCGAAGAAAGCGCCGCAUUACGAAGACGUCAACAAGAACUUCCUACACCGGCUGAAAUUGCAAUCAAGGACGUCGGUAACUUAUUGGACGCUCAGCGUGUUGUUGCAGAAAUUAUUACGAACUUAGUAUCGAAUGAUGAAGAAGAGUGGGUCGAUUCCGAUGGCGAUGAUGCGUCAGAGGGUGAAGGUGUUAUAGACUACGAAUAUGAAAAUGCAAAUGGUAAUGGAAAUAUACAAAAUGAAGAUAAACUCCCCGAAGCGCUUGUUGAAGUUAUUAAAUCGUUGAGCAUUAUUGAGAAGCUUUGGAAAAAGGCACAAGUUUUACCUGAUAAUGUUGCGCAAUCCUUGAGGGAUGUGAGUGUGUCACUGGUUGUGAAAGUAAAAAACUUGCGCAUUUCAUCUUUACUUUGCCUACAAAACCUGUGCAAUGCUUUGAGCCCUGAAGACCUGGGUGGCGCCAAAGCAAUCUAUGAUGUUUGGGUGGAGCUUGGUCAGCAAGUGUUUAAGGGUCCGCAAGACGUGUCUGUCAUGGAACCGGCCACAUCCCUAAUGCGUGCUACCUUAGAACGACUGAAAACCAACAAAGAGUUGUUCAGUCAAAUGGUUGAAAAUGACUUAGAGUUAAUUUUCAAUGGUGUAAAAAACUGCAGUGUUGCUGAAAUACGUGCGAACUGGUUGCGUAUGUUGGGCACAUUGGGUUGCCUGUUGUCAGAAAAUUUAGUGCGCAUAAUCAUCACAUUCAUCGUGGAAGCAUGUUCUGAAGAGGAGGAUGUGUGGACAAUAUCCGAAGCACUUGAUGCUUUAAUGGAUAUGUUUGCGGACAAUGAUUGGCCUAAACUGAUUAUCGAAUUGAAUUUGCCGGAAGUGCUGAAAAAAUUGGAGAAAAUGUUUAAGAAUAAGAUGCGUCAACAGCGUCGUGAAUUGAAGGAACGAUAUCCAGCUGUGCAAACGGUGCGCACAAAUUUAACGCGUUUCAUUCGUUAUAUGGAAACCGAAGCCGACAAAUACGCGAGAAACGCGUAAUUUUCAAUGUAAGAGAAAUACAUUACAUUACUUCCAGUUUCAUGCAAUGUAUAUAAAAAACACGCAUUUUUCUAUUCUUAUUUGACAAUAAACAUUUUUAAAAGAAAUCAGA